AUGGUUGCGGUGACGAUCCUUGAUAAAAACGACAGUCCCCCGGAAUUUAAAAAUAUACCGCCAGCAUAUUUGGCAUCAGAGGACCUUACACCAGGCCAAAAGAUUGCGACGAUAGUGACCGAAGAUCCAGACACAAUCGGCAGUAUUACGUAUAGCAUACAGUCAGAUGAACCGACGCCUUUUUCACUUGACCCAAACACUGGUGUACUAACCCUAAAGGAGCCUUUGGACCGAGAAACAACAUCUGAAUAUCAAGUCACAGUUAGAGCCGAUGAUGGAAUGCAGUUCACGGACAUAACAGUCGUUGUUCAGGUAACUGACACAAACGACAAUCCUCCUGUGUUCAAAGAAAAUGCUUACUCUUUCGACAUACUCGAGAACGCUGCAAGAGGUUCUGUAGUCGGAGCGGUCGCUGCAGCUGAUUUGGAUUCGGGUUCAAAUGCUCAAUUAACUUAUACUGUGGUCUCCGAUUGGGCUAACGACGUGUUCUCAUUGAAUCCGCAAACUGGCGUGUUUACUCUAACCGCUCGACUCGAUUAUGAAGAGACCCAACACUACAUACUGGUUGCGCAAGCGCAGGAUAGUGGUCAUCCAUCCCUUUCUGGCACUGUUACUGUUUAUAUCAAUGUGGUAGAUCUAAACGACAAUGCGCCAAUAUUUGAUCCAAUGAGUUUUUCAAACGAAAUCUUAGAAGAUGUUCCUGUAGGUACUUCGGUUGUGACCAUAAGUGCUACAGAUAUGGAUUCAGGAUAUAAUGGCAAAAUAACGUAUAGCAUUACAUCUGGCGACGAUGGCGAAGAUUUUCAAAUCUCGUCGAACGGGACAAUACGGACAAUUAAAUCGUUAGACAGGGAAAAAAUACCAAUUUAUAAUUUAAUUGUAACUGCGAAAGAUUUGGCAAAGUCACCAGAGCCGCAGUUGUCUUCUACAGUGCAGGUAACAAUACAAUUAAAGGACGUUAAUGACAUGGCUCCAGAAUUUGUAACUCCUAAUAUAACAUUUGUUUCUGAGAAUAUUCCUCUAAAUACAGUCAUAAUGACAGUCAAGGCAAUCGAUAAAGAUGAAGGCAGAAAUGGCUACAUUGAGUAUUUUAUGGAUCCGGAUCCUGAAAUUAACGGUUAUUUUUCUCUUGGAAAUGUUGAUGGAAUUUUGCGCGCUACUGGAAAACUUGAUAGAGAGUUAAAAUCGAGCUACAUGAUAUCUGUCAAUGCUAAAGACAGAGGAGACCCCCCAAACUUUACAAAAACUAAGAUAGUAGUUCAAAUUUUGGAUGAAAAUGAUAAUAGCCCUGUAUUUGACCCUAAACAGUAUAGUGCCUCAGUUCCAGAGAAUGCCAGUAUUGGAGCAAAUGUUUUACAAGUUUCAGCUACAGAUGUGGACCAGGAAAUAAAUGGACAAGUGAGGUAUUCGAUUGCAUCAGGAGAUGAGAACCGUGAUUUCAGUAUAAGUGAAGACACUGGAAUCGUAAGAGUAGCUAAAAACCUUAAUUAUGAAAGAAAGUCCCGUUAUUUACUUACAAUCAGAAGCGAAGACUGUGCUAAGGAUGAUGUUAGAUUUGACACGGCUGAAUUAUCUAUAUCAAUUCAAGACAUCAAUGACAAUCCACCUACAUUCCUAGAUUCACCAUAUUUAGCAUAUGUAAUGGAAAAUAUUAUACCUCCCAAUGGCUUCAUUAUUACUGUUCGAGCUUAUGACGCCGAUUCACCGCCAUUUAAUAAUCAAGUACGUUAUUUUAUUAAAGAAGGUGAUGCUGAUUUGUUCAAAAUAAAUGCUUCGUCUGGACAAAUUUCACUACUACGGACAUUAGAUCGAGAAAAUCAGGAUGAAUAUACAUUGUCCCUUGUAGCUAUGGAUACAGGAUCACCACCGCUAACAGGUUCUGGUACUGUUAAAAUUAUAGUUCAAGACGUUAAUGAUAAUAGUCCAAAUUUCGAAAGACAAAGCUAUAAGACGAUUGUUAAAGAAAAUAUGCCAGAGGGUACUAUAAUUUUAAAACCAAAAGCUAUUGACAAAGACAUUGGCAAUAAUGCUAAGAUCCGCUAUAGUCUACUUGGUGAAAAAUCUGAAAGGUUUGUUAUAAAUCCAACUACAGGAGUAAUUUCAACAAACACAUCAUUAGACAGAGAAGAAUGGGAUGUUUACUAUCUUAUAAUUAUGGCUCAAGACUCUUCUACUACUGAUCCACGGACAGCAACAGCUAACGUUACAAUUUUAGUUGAGGAUGAAAAUGAUAAUACCCCAACAUUUCCGCAGUCAAUUUAUGAAACUUACAUUUCAGAUCGUACUGUUCCGGGAGACUUUAUAUUUGGAAUAAAAGCAAAAGAUAGUGACGUUGGAUUGAAUAAAAAGAUAUUGUAUGAUUUAAAAGGUGAACACCAAGAAUUUUUUAGUAUCAAUAAAGAAAGUGGUGUAAUAAAAGCUAAACAAAGUUUGAUUAAGUUUAAAGACAGUAACAAAUCAUCAUAUAAUUUAAUAAUUAUAGCAACUGAUUGUGGUUCUACACCAAGACAAAGUACAGCUGACUUAAUACUUAUUCCGAAAUCGGUUAAGAAUUUUCCAAAAUUUACUGUUACAAAUAAACUAACAUUUACUUUUUCCGAAGAUACCCCUGAAGGUGUUUUAGUAACAAGGUUAUCGGCCAUGUCACCUAAAAAAGGUCCAACUAGUUUGUUACAAUAUGCUAUAGCAGGAGGUAAUGUAGGUGAUGCAUUAAGAGUAGAACCAAUAAGUGGUGAAGUCUUUAUAACUGGUAAAGGACUUGAUUACGAAACUAUGCCUCUGUACGAAGUAUGGUUUGAGGUUAGAGAUUCAGAUAAUCCUCCGUUGAAAUCAUUUAUUGAAAUAGAAAUAAAAGUUACAGAUGCCAAUGACAAUGCACCUAUUAUAGAAACUUUGUUAUAUAAUGCUACAGUACCAGAAGAAGAAUCUCCUCCGCAGUUAGUAGUCAAAAUUGAAGCACACGAUGAAGACUCUAAUGAGAAUGGAAGAAUAUCAUACAGGCUUGUUAAUGAUUAUGAAGAGACGUUUAUAAUUGAUCAAGAAACCGGUGAAAUUUCCACUAAUAUAGCAUUGGAUAGGGAGUCUAUACCCUUUUAUGAAAUAUUAGUAGAAGCUUUUGAUCACGGAGUCCCUCAAUUAAUUGGAACAUCUACGGUAAUAGUUACAGUACUCGAUAAAAAUGAUAAUCCACCGAGGUUUACACGUUUGUUUAGCGUUAAUGUUACUGAAAAUGCUGACAUAGGUUCAUUCGUUAUACGAGUUACGAGUUCAGAUCUUGAUACGGGACGAAAUGCAAACGCAACGUACAGUUUUGUUGAAAAUCCAGGUGAAAAAUUUUUAAUUGAUCCAAUUAGUGGAAACGUAACAGUUGCGGGACAUUUAGAUAGAGAAUUACAGGAUGAGUACAAUCUUAAAAUUGCUGCAAUUGACGGCGCUUGGAGAUCAGAGACUCCCCUAACAAUCACUAUUCAAGAUCAGAACGAUAACGCACCGGAAUUUGAAUAUUCAUUUUACAGCUUCAAUUUUCCUGAGUUACAGAAGAAGAAUAGUUUUGUCGGCCAAAUUAUUGCUACUGAUAAAGAUAAACAGGGCCCUAACUCUAUUAUUUCAUAUUCAUUACAGCAAACAUCUGAUUUAUUCACGAUUGAUCCAGCCACAGGCGAAAUUCUAAGUAAAUUUACGAUGAAAUAUAAAAGAACAUUAAAUAAUAUGUCUCCUGAAAACACCUACUCUGUUAUUGUUGUUGCAACUGAUAAUGGGAAACCACCAAUGUCUUCUGAAUGUUUGGUAACAAUCAAUGUCGUUGAUGCUAAUAAUAAUAAGCCGAAAUUUAAAGAACAUGAAAAAUUUGUACCAGUACCUCAAGAUGCAAUUCUUGGAGAAAAAGUUGUUAAACUGACAGCAGAAGAUAACAUGGACUUUGGAAUAAAUGCAGAAAUAGAAUAUUAUGUUUCCGGUGGGAAUGGAACAGCGUUUUUUACUAUUGAUAAAACACAUGGAUGGGUUUUUGUUAACAAACAAUUUCAUUAUACUGGACAAUACUAUGAGGUAAAAAUAAAAGCUGUUGAUCGUGGAAUUCCGCCUCAGUUUGACGAGACAGUUAUAACGUUCGUAGUAACCGGUGAGAACAUAUACAGUCCUAAAUUUACGGCACUUAGUUAUCAAGUGAUUGUUCCUGAAAACGAACCUAUAGGCUCUUCAAUACUGACACUGAAAGCUAACGAUGAAGACGAAGGACCUAACGGUAUUAUUAGAUAUGCUAUCUCAUCUAAUUCUGGCAAAGAAUUUCAAGUUGAUCCCGUUACGGGGACUAUAAGUAUCCUUCGGCCCCUCGAUUAUGAUGAAAUUCAGGAAUAUCGUUUUAACAUAACCGCUACUGAUCUUGGUUUUAAGCCAAAAGAAGCAACAGCAACUGUUACAAUUACUUUAACAGAUAUUAAUGACAAUGCACCUCAGUUCAAUCAGUCACAUUAUGAAGCUUACUUGGCUGAAAAUUCACCCGUAAAUAGUUUUAUAUUUAAGGUACAUGCCGUUGACAUUGAUUCACCGAAAAAUGCAAUUAUAAAAUAUCACAUUAGGAAUGACAUGUCAUCCUUGUUCUAUAUCGGCGAAAACACUGGAGCAAUAUUUUCAAAAGAAGUGUUUGAUUACGAAGAAAAGAUAUCCUACAAAUUAGAGAUUAUGGCUGAAAAUCCCGGUUCCAUGAUGCGUAACAUAACUGAAGUAGUGGUGCAUAUAACUGGUGUCAAUGAAUUUUAUCCCAAAUUUGUACAACCAGUUUUUCAUUUCGACGUGUCUGAGUCAGCGGACGUUGGAACUAAUGUUGGUAUUAUACAAGCAACAGAUCAAGAUAGCGGUGACGAUGGCAUCAUUUAUUACUUAUUUGUUGGUUCUAGCAAUGAUAAAGGAUUCAGCGUUAAUUCACAAACUGGCGUUAUAAGAGUAGCUCGAUAUUUAGACAGAGAAACACAAAAUAGAGUUGUUUUAACUGUGCUAGCCAAAAAUUCUGGUGGUAUUCAUGGUAAUGAUACUGAUGAAGCUCAAGUUAUCAUAUCAAUACAGGAUGGAAAUGAUCCACCUGAAUUUUCAAGAAAUUAUUACGAAGCAACAAUUUCUGAAUCUGCUAUUGUUGGCCAGAAAGUAACUCAGGUAAAAGCUGUGGACAAAGAUGUACGUCCACAAAAUAAUCAAUUUAGUUUUUCUAUACUAGGUGGUAAUAUAAAUCAAGAUUUUAGAAUCGAUCCCCAAUCUGGUGAAAUUGAAGUGUCUCGACAACUCGAUAGAGAAACAAUACCUACAUAUUCACUUAUAGUGGGUGCUAUUGAUACUGGCUUACCUCCACAAACAGGCACAACGACGGUUAAAAUUACGCUCACUGAUGUUAAUGAUAAUGGCCCAUUAUUUGAUAUAGCUAAUUUUGAUGGAGCUGUUUAUGAAAAUGAACCACCUAAUACUAGUAUUACCACACUAUCGGCAAAUGACCCAGAUUUGCCACCAAAUGGGGCACCAUUUUCAUAUUCUGUAAUUGGUGGCAUACAUCAAAAUUACGUGAAAGUACACAGGCAUACUGGUGCAUUGUUUACCACUAAAAAAAUUGAUAGAGAGUUAACACCGCAACUGGAAGUGAUAAUUCAGAUUGAAGAUAGUGGUACACCAAUAAUGAAAUCAAACUACACAAUAUAUAUAAAAGUUUUGGACAGAAAUGACAAUCCUCCAUCUCCAAGAUCAGCUCAUAUUCUUGUUUAUGCAUUUAAUAAUAAAGUACCACUAGGUAAGAUUGCAGACGUUAAACCAAAUGAUCCAGAUAUUAUUGGUGACUAUAAAUGCAAAAUUAUAAAAGAGUCUACAACAGAAAAUACUCUUUCAUUAUUUAGCAUACGUAAAGGAUGCGACCUUCAUACUAAUGACGUGAGACCAGGACAAGGAUAUUCAUUUUCAGUAUCUGGUAAUGACGGUCUUCAUACAGAUGUAAUAUCAUCAAUAAGUGUUGAGUUCUUUUCUUUUGAUAAUACUACAGUUGAACAAUCCAUUACAAUGAGAAUACUAAAUAUGACUGCAUCAGAUUUUCUCAACCAUUUCUAUCGUAAUUUAUUAGACAUUUUGAGAGGUGGUCUAAAGAAAGACGAAAGUGCAUACUUGUAUAGUAUAAAUGAAGUAAAAGCUGGAUUAGACUUAACAAUAGCAAUAAAAAGUAAUAACUCUGUUUGGAAAAAAGAAAACACCGAGAAGUAUGCUAAAGCGAAAGAAUCUGAAAUAAGUAAGAUGUUAAAGACCCCACUUAUUGUGUCGUAUUACCCAUGCGCGUCACAUCAUUGCCUAAACGAUGGUGUUUGCACUGAUGCGAUUAAAGUUAUAGACAAUGUAAAGAUUAUUGAAAGUUCCCCUCUUGUUCUUUCUUCCCCACUUGUUCAUCAUGACUAUACUUGUCAUUGCACAGAUCGAUUUAUGGGAAUAAACUGUGAAAGAAGACAAGAUCCUUGUUCACCAAAUCCGUGUAAUUAUGGAGGUCAGUGUAGAAAACAAGGACACGACUUUAUAUGCUCAUGUCCACCUCGACGGGAAGGAAAAACGUGCCAGUUUGAAAGGGAUGACGUUUGUAAUAGCAAUCCUUGUAAAAAUGGAGGUUCUUGUAAAGAAAGCACUGACAGCAAUUCAUUCUUUUGUUUAUGUCGCCCUGGUUAUCGUGGAGAUCUAUGUGAAGCUUUAGUAGACUCGUGCAGACCCAACCCAUGCAUGCAUGGGGGUAUUUGUAUCAGUUUGAAACCUGGGUACAAAUGUAGUUGUACCAAUGGUCGAUACGGAACACAUUGUGAAAGUUCUACAUUUAGUUUCAAUGAGCUGUCGUAUAUGCAGUUUCCGGCCUUGGAUGCAUCAACUAAUGAUAUUACAAUUAUUUUUGCAACAACAAAACCAGAUGCUUUAUUGUUAUAUAAUUAUGGUGCUCAAACUGGUGGGAGGUCAGAUUUUAUAGCAAUAGAGAUUGUAGGCGGAAAACCUGUUUUCUCAUUCGGCGGUGCCAGAACAUCAAUAACUUCAGCUUCUAUUAUGGAUCCCGCAGUAAAUACCGCUGAUGGUAAAUGGUACAAGUUAACAGCUACCAGAAAUGGUCGAGUCAUUUCACUUAGCGUCACUUCUUGCACUGACCACGGUGAUAUAUGUAUGGAAUGUGAGCCCGGAGAUAAUUCAUGCUAUGAUGAUGACACUGGACAAGCUGGAACACUGAACUUCAAUAAUGAACCGUUGCUUAUUGGUGGAUUGCAUAAAGCUGAUCCUGUUUUGGAACGUCCCGGCCAAAUUCACUCUGACGACUUUGUCGGAUGUAUGCACAGUAUUUCAAUUAAUGGCCGAUUACUAAAUUUAACAAAUCCUCUAAAAGCACGUGGAGUUGAAGCUAAUUGCGAUCGCACAGAGAAAGGCGCGUGCUAUAAGAAAGACAUUUGUGGUUCUGGCAAAUGCCUUGACAGAUGGAAAACCAAUAAUUGUAAAUGCGACAAAAAUGUUAUUUCUCCUGAUUGCAACAUAGCUUUCCAACCAAUAUCAGUAACAGAAAACGGAUUUAUUAGCUACGUUAUAUCAGAAAAACACAGACGGAUGCAGUUACUUGAAUCAUUUUAUGGAGGUGAUACUAAUUGGGAAAAAAGAAGCGGAAAAUUUUUUGCUAGAACUGGAGCAAAAUUAAAUAACCCAGCAAAAAUUAUAACAUUCUUUUUUAAAACAAAUAGAAAAGAGGGUGUUCUUUUUUAUGCAGCUACUGAUAAGUACUAUACUAUCAUUGAGUUAUAUGAAGGAAAAAUUAGUUAUACUUCAAAGCAAAACUCUGUGGUUAAUAUGACACAACAUGAACAGCAUGAUGUUUCUGACGGUAACUGGCACAAUGUUACACUGUAUUCGCAUGGAAGAAGUAUUCGAUUGUUAGUUGAUAAUGUUAAUGUGGGCGAAGAGCUCGACGCAGCUGGAGUCCAUGACUUUUUAGAUCCCUAUUUAACUGUUAUUUCUUUGGGAGGAGCUAAAGCAGAAUUGAUAUCAAAUAACAACAAAUUUGAGGGAUGCUUAGCUAAUUUUACUAUCAAUUUUGAACUACAACCAUUUACAGGCAAUGGCAGCAUUUUUAAAGAAAUAAUGCGCAAAGGAAAGAUAUUACCUGGAUGUCAUACCACCUUUGGUACUGGCAUGGCUCAAAAUCCAAACCCAUUGAAUAUAGGCAUAACGCUCGUAAUAGUAUUUUUCAUAAUAUUGAUUGUAGCUAUUUCUAUUUCAUUUAUUGUUUAUCGCCUUCGUAAGCAAAAGAAAGAAAAAGGUAAUAGUUCAGCAAGCAAGACAAAUAUAGUACACACAAAACAAAAUGGUGGUCCGGCUAUGCUUAACGCUCCGAAUUUGAUUGCUGGAACUAAUGACAGUAUAAUGAACCGGCAUAAUAAUGAAACAAGUUUAAAUAGUUAUAUGUCUGAAAAUGCUGAUAUAAUGCGAAACGUUGGGCAUAUUGUAGGACCUGAACUAUUAUCGAAAAAAUAUAAAGAUCGUGAAAUAAUGAAUAUUGAUCCACCUAGGCCUCAACGACCAGAUAUAAUAGAAAGAGAGGUAGUUGGAAAGAGUCCAGCUUUAAGAGAAGAUCAUCACCCCCCUCCAGCUCAAUCAACAAAUACUUCUCACCACACCCACGACCACCCAAGUGGUAUGGAUCUAAAUUCAGAAGUACCUGAACACUACGAUCUUGAAAACGCUAGUUCUAUUGCACCAUCAGAUAUAGAUAUAGUUUAUCAUUAUAAAGGAUUCCGAGAAGCGCCGGGUGUUCGAAAAUAUAAAGCAACGCCACCACCAAUUGCAGGCUAUCAUCAUAAACAUCAAACCCCUCAACAUAGGCAUUCACCACAUCAUCCAAGUGGAUAUCCACCCAGAGUUUUGUCCCAAGCAACUCAACCUCCUCCUCAGCCUAGGCAACAUCAAACCACACCAUUAGCUCGAUUAUCCCCCAGUAGUGAACUUAGUCAACAACCAAGAAUUCUAACCUUACAUGACAUUUCGGGGAAGCCUUUACAAAGCGCUCUUUUAGCAACAACUUCUAGCUCAGGAGGGGUAGGAAAAGAUGCUUUACAUAGCAAUAGUGAACGUAGUCUGAAUAGCCCUGUGAUGUCCCAGUUAAGCGGACAAAGUUCUUCGGCGGGGAGAAAGACACCAAGUGCAACCCCGCAGGUUCCCCAAGUUGUUUCUGUUGGAUCUGGUGCUGUAGGUUUAACUGCAGAAGAAAUUGAAAGAAUGAAUGCUAGACAAAGAACAUCAAGCUUAGUUUCUACUUUGGAUGCAGUGUCAAGUUCAAGUGAAGCACCCCGUGGGGGAGGAGUCAGUCACCAUAUGUCACACAGGCAUCAUACUCCACCAGCUGACAAUAGAAGUUCUACCGGGUCUGACGAUGAGAGUGGUAACGAUAGCUUUACAUGCUCAGAAAUAGAAUACGACAAUAAUAGCAUAAGUGCAGAUAAACCUGAGGAUAUCAGGAGACAGAACAUUAAUAGUGGGAACAAUAACAAGAAACCCAUUUUACCUCCACCAUAUGAAAGUUUCGAUUCCUCAUUUCGAGGGUCCUUAAGCACGUUGGUCGCAUCAGACGAUGAUUUGACUCCCCAUGUCGGUGCAGCUUUAUACAGGCAAGCAAACGGAUCUCCUGCACCUGCCACACUUGGUUGGGAUUAUUUUCUAAACUGGGGUCCAAACUUUGAAAGCAUGAUUGGAGUAUUUAAAGAUAUUGCCGAAUUACCAGAUGCCGUAAAUGGUAGAAUGUCUUCCUCACUGAGACUACCGAAUGGUACUCCAAAGCCUUCGGAAGAAUAUGUUUGA